GCAAGGGAAAAAAAAAGACACUGAAAUUCAGACACACUCACGUUCUUCGUCAAAAUAUGGCAAAUCUUGCUAUGUCUUCUUGACUGUAUGAAGCGAUUCUCUCUGUGGAUCGAUCAAAGCAGAGAAAGACCGAAAAGGCCGGAGCUUGCUCAUGGCCGAUGACAGACCCGACGAAGAGAAACCCGGUACCCACGACACUCGGGUCCUGGACCGGAUCCAUGGCGAUUCUCCGGAUCAGUCGCCUCGUCUCGUACCGACCCGGUUCUCGGUCUUCGCCGGAGACAAGCUCCGAGAUGGUGGGUUGGAUGUCGGGUCGAUUUGGUUAGGGAUCUUCGGGGAUCCGAAUUUCAAGCCACGGGUUAAACAAGCGAAGGGGAAGAGAGCACGAGCUUGGCACCAGAGGAGAACGGCUAGAAUCGCGAUCGGCGGCAUUGCUUUGGUCGGAUUCUUCUUCUAUGUGAAUUGGUUCAUGCUAUCGCGGCUUCAUGAAGGUCGAGUUUGGCUUCGGAGGGGAUUAUCGAAGAACCCUAGACCAAACUCGAACGGGGGUUCGGUUAGAAUGUCGGCGCCGGUUCAGNAGAGCGGCGAGCACAAAAGGUCGGGGAAACUGAAGAGGAAAUACGAUGGAACCUACGGAAGAAUGUUGGCUUUGGCUGCUCAUGCUUUGGCCGAGGGCCAGAAUAAACUUGAGCCAAAAGAAUUAUGGCGAGAGCCGAAAGAACAAGCCACUGCUUGGAAGCCAUGCUCUGAUCAACGGUCUUGGGCACCUGAUGAUGGGAAAAACGGGUAUAUAAUGGUAACUGCGAAUGGAGGGAUCACUCAACAAAGAGUAGCUGUAUGCAACAUCGUUGUCGUCGCCCGGUUACUUAAUGCAACCCUUGUCAUUCCCAAGUUUAUGUUCAGUGAUGUCUGGACAGAUGCAAGCCAGUUUGGAGAUAUAUAUCAAGAGGAACACUUUCUUAAGUACCUUUCUCCCGAUAUCCGCAUAGUAAAGGAACUACCAAAGGAGCUCCGUUCAUUAGAUCUCGAAGCUAUCGGCAGCGUUGUAACGGAUGCAGAUAUCAUGAAAGAGGCCAAGCCGAGUUUUUAUCUGAAACACAUACUCCCUCUUCUUCUCAAGAACAGAGUUGUCCAUUUCGUUGGAUUCAGUAAUCGCUUAGCCUUUGACCCGAUACCGUUCGAGUUACAGAGGCUUAGAUGCCGAUGCAAUUUUCAUGCACUGAAUUUCGUGCCUAAGAUACAAGAAACGGGUGCAUCGAUAGUAAGGAGAUUACGUGACAACGGAUCCUACCUCGCGCCGGUAGACCCUUACCUUGUCGGUCCGAAAUAUGCUUCCUCGAUUUUGGACAAGAAGUCGGGUCCUGCCCGAAAGGCUUCUAAAUACCUUGCUCUCCAUUUGAGGUUUGAAAUCGACAUGGUGGCUCAUUCUCUCUGUUACUUUGGCGGUGGCGAAACAGAGCAGAAAGAGUUGGAAGCUUACCGCGAGAAACACUUCCCGUCUUUGGCUGCUUUAUCAAAGACGAAGAAAUUGCCUUCUCCUGAAGAGUUGAGGUCAGAAGGGCUUUGCCCGUUAACACCGGAAGAAGCGGUCCUCGAGCUUGCUGCCCUCGGGUUCAACCGCAAGACUCGUGUUUUCAUCGCAGGGGCAAACAUAUACGGAGGGGCGAAACGGAUACCCGCUUUAACGAGCUUGUACCCUAACCUGGUCACCAAAGAGAAUCUACUCUCCCCGAGCGAACUCGAACCCUUCAUCAACUCCACAUCUCAGCUAGCGGCGCUGGAUUUCAUCGCAUGUGCAGCAGCGGACGCGUUUGCGAUGACAGACUCGGGGAGCCAGCUGUCGUCUCUCGUGUCGGGUUACCGAAUAUACUACGGGGGAGGAAGGAUGCCGACUAUCCGACCGAACAAUAGGAGACUUUCGGACAUAUUCAUGAAGAACAACACGAUCGAGUGGAAAGUGUUGGAGCAAAGGGUGAGGAAAGCGAUCAGGCAAACCAAACAUGUCUUGGCCAGACCAAAGGGUCGAAGCGUUUACCGUUACCCGAGAUGUAAAGAAUGCAUGUGCAACCGUUGAUUCUCGUUUCUGUAAAUUUUAACCAUGAUUAAACAUUCGUUAUCUGGUUAAAACCA